CUUUCCAACCCCAUUUUAGCCAUUUCGGGGUGGGUAGGUUUGCAGAAAGUUUGCAGCCCAGCCCGCGAAUGAGGUAGCUGAGGAAAUCCUCCGAACCCACGUGUACACACCACCUAACAACCCUGAGGAUAGCCAGCCGGCCAGCCGACCGACCGACUAGGUACACCAGCGAGAGACAGGCUCUCUAUCGAGCUUCCCACGGUUUCUGUCAAUCGCGCGUCGGUGAUGACAAAUGGCGAUAGCGUCAGGGGUUGUGUGACUCAAGCGGUUGAGCAAUAUACGGCGAGGUGCGAGAGCCUGCAAGCUUCCCAGGGGCCCCAUCCUUUCCUGGCCCCGCGCUAGACUAGCGAGUCAACCGGCAGGCUCUCUCCUCCCUCUUGCAGGCAGAUAAUCCGGUCUCGCUCCGCCUCCUCUCAGCUGAAGCGGCUCCGGACGUCUCCGGCAGCCAUCUUUGUUGAUGUGUCAGCUCCCGGUUCCUCUUAGGGGACGACUGCGGCACGAACGGGAGGCGGCAGGAGAGGUGCCCUUCCCCCGGUGGUCGUUAUUAAUUAGCGAUGGGAGAGCAGCGACUCUUGCAACGAGUACGAUGGGUCCCCGCUUCGUAGCAAACUGAUUCUUGGUGGAACGAUGGACAAGCAGUUCACAGAAGAACAAAGAACUCUGGCAGCAGUCAACCUGUCAAGGACCAAUGAUGAAUCCUUGAGCUCAUCAGCUGUUGUGGAAGCUGGCAAGCCACUGGGGCUUCAGAGUGGUCUAGACACUGAUGAUGAAGAAAAGAUUGUGACGACAGAAAAUGAACAGGUAGCAUUGGAUCUCUCCUCACCAGCAACUAAUGCAAGUGGGAAUGGACAUAUACCUGAAGUGCAGGCUGCACCAGAUCUUCAGGGAGGUGGAGAUCUUUGCACUGAUUCAUUGGAAGUACAAGCAAAAGAAUCCAGUGAAGCAGAGGGCUCAUCUGAUGGAGGCAGAGAACAGCAGAGUUCAAAAGCAGUUGAGACAAAUCCAUCCCUAAUAGACUUUUUGCAAGAUCCUGGGAAAAGACCUUUGGGGGUCUGUUCAGAAAGCCCAUAUGAUACAGAAUGUACUAAGAACCUUAUCUCAUCUAUACAGAAUGCUUCCUCCCAAGAGGCUUUAUUAGAGGAAAUAGAAUCUGAACUUUUGUCAGCAGAUUUAUUGAAAGGCCAUAAACUUUCAAAUGGAAUGUGCAAGAGUGAGGUGACAUUAGCUGUAUUUGAAAAAUGCAUGCACGACAAAUAUCUCCAGCAAGAGCACAUGAUAAAGAAAUUGAUGAAAGAAAACAAAAAGCACCAGGAACUAAUUUUGGACAUUUGUUCAGAAAAGGACAACUUGAAAGAUGAGUUGAGGAAAAGAACAGAAACAGAAAAACAACACCUCAACAUUAUUAAACAGUUGGAAACCAGAAUAGAGGACCUCCAAAAAGAAGUUAAAGCUGCUAAAGAUAAACUUGUAUCCCAAGAUGCUGCUGCAAAAAGUGCUAUCCAACAGCUGCACAAGGAGAUGGCUUUUCGUACAGAUCAGGCAAACAAGAAAUGUGAAGAAGCCCGCCAAGAAAAAGAAGCAAUGGUAAUGAAGUAUGUUCGAGGAGAAAAGGAGUCUUUAGAUCUCCGAAAGGAAAAAGAAGUACUUGAAAGGAAACUGAGAGACGCGAAUAAAGAAAUUGAAAAGCACACUAACAAAAUUAAGCAACUUUCUCAGGAAAAAUCACGGCUUAGCCAGCUCUUUGAAAGCAAGGAAGCCGAAGCCACUAGAAUGUCAAGAGACAUAGAAAAAUUAAAAGAAGAAAUCAACUCUCACGUGAUCAAAGUAAAAUGGGCUCAAAACAAAUUGAAGGCUGAAAUGGAUUUGCACAAGGAUACCAAAGAUCGACUUAAGGAAGCAACAACAAAGUUAACUCAAGCGAAAGAGGAAGCUGAUCAGAUACGAAGAAACUGCCAAGAAAUAAUAAAAACAUAUCAGGAGUCUGAAGAAAUCAAAUCCAAUGAACUGGAUGUGAAACUCCGGCUUACAAAAGGGGAACUGGAGAAGCAUUUGCAGGAGAAGUCUGAUCAUCUAGAGGUACAUCAUGCCAAAAUAAAAGAACUUGAAGAUGUGAAGCGAACCUUUAAGGAGGGUAUGGAUGAGCUCCGAACCCUAAGGACAAAGGUCAAAUGUCUAGAGGAUGAACGGUUGAGAACAGAAGAUGAAUUAUCAAAAUACAGAGAAAUAAUUAAUCGUCAGAAGGCUGAGAUUCAGAAUCUCCUAGACAGAGUUAAAAUUGUAGAUCAGCUACAAGAUCAACACCAGAGGGAUGAACAAGAGAUAAACUCUUUGAAGGAAGAAGUGGACAGCCUUAAUAAUCUGCUCAGCGACUUCCAGAAAGAUAUUGAUGGAAGCCGGAAAAGAGAAUCAGAGCUCUUGGUCUUCACUGAAAAACUGACCACUAAAAAUGCCCAACUUCAAUCAGAAACCAACUCUUUACAGGUGCAGCUUGAUAAGCUUGUCUACAGUGAGAGAGAUCUGCAGAAUCAGCUGGAACUUGUUAGGCAAGCAAGAGAUGAGCUGGCAACUAAAUUGGAGAAGGAAGAAGAACUUCACAAGGACAGGGUUCAGGCGCUACAGGCAGACCUGGUGUCUCAGCAGAAAGCAUUAGCAGACCUUAACACCCAGGUGGACGAAUUAAAGGAUGAGUUGAUUACUCAGAAGCGAAAACAUGCAGCAAACCUGAAAGACCUCACUAAGCAACUCCAGCAAGCACGAAGAAAACUGGAUCAGCUUGAAAAUGGCAACUAUGACAAAGAGGUCAGCAGUAUGGGGAGUCGUUCUAGCUCAUCAGGAUCUCUCAAUGCUCGAAGCAGCAAUGAAGAUCGGUCCCCAGAAAACAGUGGCUCCUCAGUAGCUGUUGACCAUUUUCCUGAAGUGGACAAAACCAUUUUGAUUGAGAGAAUAGUAAGGCUACAGAAAGCACACGCUCGGAAAAAUGAAAAGAUGGAAUUCAUGGAAGAUCAUAUCAAACAGCUGGUGGAAGAAAUCAGGAAGAAAACUAAAAUAAUCCAAAGUUACAUUCUGAGGGAAGAAGCUGGAACACUUUCAUCUGAGGCCUCUGAUUUCAAUAAAGUGCAUUUAAGCAGGCGUGGUGGGAUCAUGGCCUCUCUGUACACAUCACACCCAGCAGACAGCGGGCUUACACUGGAACUUUCUCUGGAGAUAAACAAGAAGCUUCAAGCAGUGUUGGAGGAUACUUUACUGAAGAAUAUUACUCUAAAGGAAAAUCUGCAGACACUAGGAACAGAAAUAGAACGGCUAAUUAAGCAGCAGCAUGAACUGGAACAGAGGCUGAAACAGACAUAACAAAGACUAAGUCUAAGGAGGCGGAAAAGAUUGGUGUGAAGAAAACCAUGGUGGAGAUGGGAACAUGUGCAAUUGCUCCUGAAGGUUUUCAGCAAUUUUAAUCUUGUAAGACUCAAGCUGAAGCUUCCUUUUACACUAGCUUUUUCUUUACCAUAGGACAGUUUAGGAAAAGGGUUUCUUGCCAUUACAUGAAAGACAUCUGUCAAAAUACUAUCUUAUAUCCCACCAUUACUUCUAGAGAAGGUUUGUUUGUAACCCUUGAAGAUGGGUCCAGCAUAAUGGGAGUUGCCAUCUGAAAAUUUUGGAAGACCACAAAUUUUCUGUCCCUGAUUCAUUCAUAUCAUCCCUGUAUUUGAAGGUGUGAUUAAAAUGCUGUGGACUUGGGCAUAUUUUUAACUUUCUUUUUCAUAAAUGUAUUCAGAUUUCUAAGAGAGUAUUUAGAUAAAAUGGCUUGCGAUCCAUGAGUGGGUCAUGUGCCUUCCCCUCCCCCUCCCUUUGGAAGCAAAUGCAACGAGGCAAGGUUAGGUGGAGAGGAAUUCUUAGACUGGUGCGGAGGUGAAGUUUCCUCCCAUGCUCCCUUCCUGCUUGGCAGCACCUGUGCUUGCUCAUGCAUACAAUGCAAAUUGCCCUGGGACUGAUAUUGUGAAGAGUAGGGUGUCAAUACCUUUCAAUCAAUGGAGUGGAGAACCUUUAGCCAUCCAAAUGGCGCUAAUCCCUUGCCAUUGGCCAUCUUAAGUGAAGUUGGUGGAGCUGAACUCCAAAACCUCUGCAGAGCCAGACAUCCUCCCCCCCUCAUAGUGCGUUGAUAAGAUACCCUGCAUUUUGCUGGGAUUUAGAAAUGUUCCUUUGUGCUCACAGUUCUUCCUAGAACUGGAUUGCAGCUUUUGUAGUCAUGCCAUCCUCAUGUUUUAUCUCUGCUGUUUCAGAGCUGGGUAUUGUAGCAGCUGGAUUCUUCAUUAUUUGUACUAUAAGCCUCUUCUUAAAUGAACACUGGGAGAUCCAAGGGUCGUGUCUUUUUCUGUAGGACUAGAGGAAAAUUAGGUAUCAGAGGGAAAGCUUUUCUCAUAAGCUGCUUGGUACACAACUUGCCUGCAAGCAACUUGGACAUACAGUAGAUAGUUUGUUCCCUAGACUCUAAUUUUCUUCAUCUUUUUACUUUCCAGCCUUCUUUUCUUCUGACAUCUCUCUUUAUUUUUGCAGAGGUUUUUUUUUAACUGACUUCUAGGUCUUAUUGAAGGAUGUCCUCCAGCAACCAUGUCAGUAUUUACAGAUCUGUUCACUCAGUUAGACUGUUCAUAUAUACAAAAUUUUUCUUCAUCAUGGUAAUUUUUGUGCCAAGAAAAUCUGCUUUUUGCAGCUUGUAUAAAUUAAAGCAAUACCAAAUAUUUUCAUGUGACUUAAACUUUUGUUAGCUAUUGGGAGGGAAUGUAUACUUUCUUAAAUCAUUGGGGCAGGGGGCAGUGAGCUAUGCAGAGCUGGGAAAUCGUAUCACCCUGACUAACGGAAAGCUUAGUAGGAUAGCCCCAUCCACUGAAGUGGCAUCAAGCAUUACCCACAGCAUAGAGAGCUAGCUUUGCAACCAUCAGGAGUAGAGACUUGAUUUUGGAGAUUUAAUGAAAGCAGACUUUCUCAGGAAUCUGAAUGCUGCUCCGGUUCCAAAUUAUGUGUAUUUCCUAUGUUUGUGAAUUGAAUAUUUGAGCGUCCAUAUUGGGCUGUUUUACCAUCACCGUACUAGAACCUACCUCCUUUUCUGAGCAUUUAUGUGCCUCCCAUCAUACAUAUCUAGAGAGACACUUGCUGUCAUCUAAGGACACAUCUGAGUGCUCCAUUCAGCUCUUAAGUGCAAAAGAAUGCUGACUGACCUAAAAUACUGACUUGUGUAUGCUUGCACGGGCACAGUCCAUAGAAUUUCAGAGAGUGCAUAAAUGAUAGCUGAUUCACAUGAAUGUGUCUGUCACUCAGUUUCUCAUCAUGUGAUUAUGCCUUACGGCUGGCUAAAUGACUGUGUUGCAAAAUACUAUGUUUCAGGGAAUGCUGACCAAUAGUUCUACUUUAGUAUUAGACUUGGUGGUGGCUUAAUCAUACAUGCAGUGAAUCACUGUAUGUUGCCACAGAGAUUGGUAUCUAUAAUCUGGUUACUAGUGACAGCUGUCUUUACCACUAGAGGCAGCUGGGAAGAAUGUGGAAACAAACAUGUUUGGUUUUGCUUCUUUGUUUAGUCUGUAAAGCAAGAAUUUCCUCUGUUACUGGCUUCUCUCCAGGGGGGGAAAAAGUGCCAUGAACACUAAUAAUUAUUUGCUAGUAUUUUGUCCUGCGAGUUUCUGAAACAAAAAGAUAUGUGAAGUAUGUUCUUUUCAUUCUGAUUUUCUUUCCAUUCUAUAAUGUUGUCUGAGAAUACACAAAUCCCUAUGGAUGUUAUGCUAUAUUUUAUUCACAGUCUUUGAAAGGCAGUUUGGUUUAAUAUUUUAAUGACAACAGUAGGUGGUGCUAGAAAACUUUUUUCAAGUCUUCUAGUGAAAUUUUAAAAUCAUGCAAGGAAGACAUGUUGCCAUAUCUAUGUAAAUCUAUGUGGAUCUGAGCUUUUUUCGCAUAACAAAAGCAUUUAUUUAUUGUUUCUGUGUGCUGAUAAUUUCAUUGGCCGACAUCCUGUUGCUUAGCAUAGUAAAUUGAACUAGAGUAGGCCCAAAUCAGUGGGGAUUUGGGGAAUCACCUC